GGCUGCCCACAACAAACAUGGCGCCCAGAUUCCUUCUCAGGGGCUUGCCAUUAUUGUACGUACUUCCGCCCUCACUAAGUGCAUAAGCAAAAACAUUCCGACUGGAGAGGACUGGUGUUCCCGUCUGCAGCCGGGAGUGGCUCUUGUUUUUGGAGCUGAGGAGCUGGUUUGCCCAUAAAGAGCUUAGAGGAUUAACAGUCACCAGCAAACAUAAUGUUGUGUUCAAGACAAAUGUUUUACCAUUAGGAAGACAAUAAGCAUUAAACAUGUUUGGGGCAACUCAGAUAUCAAAAGCCCAAUUUCUGGAUAAGGCCAGGCAGGCACGAGAGGAAAGGAAGGGCCACAAAGAGAGAGAAAAAGCUGCGAUUAAAAUCCAAGCACUUAUCAGAAGAUUCCUUUGUAGGUGCCGACUGCAGCGGGAGAUCAGGCGAGAAGUAGAUGAAUUUCUAGAAGGCGCAGAGAAUGGAUCCAUGAAAAUCACUGCUCUCUCUAUAUUCCGAAUAGCUCGCAAACUCCUAUUAAUGUUCAGAACACGGCAAGACAAAGUGAGGUUUGAAAAACUAUGUCGCUGUAUCCUGAACAGUAUGGAGUGUGAGAAUGAACCCAAGGUCUGGUUUGUUUCCCUUGCACUGUCUAAAGACCUCACUCUCUUGUGGAUAAAACAAAUUAAAGACAUUCUAUGGCUGUGCUGCGAGUUUCUUAAGAUGUUGAAACCUGAUAUCCUUCAGGAUUCCAAGCUCAUCACCCUCUACCUCACCAUGCUGGUCAACUUCACAGACACCUCCACCUGGAAGAUCUUCAGAGGGAAAGGAGAAAAUCUGAGACCUGCAAUGUCCCAUAUCUGUGCAAACAUCAUGGGCCAUCUCAAUCAGAAAGGCUUUUACUCCAUUUUACAGAUCCUUCUCACCAAUGGUCUGGCUCGAUCACGUCCAUCUCUAUCUAAAGCUACCUUAACAGCAAUAUUUUCCCUGGCAUUGCGUCCGGUGCUGGCUGCACAGUUUUCUGACAAUCUUCUCCGCUCCUUCCUCAUCCACAUAAUGUCUGUUCCAGCAUUGAUUUCCCAUCUAUCUGUCCUAACUCCAGAUAGAUUAUCUGUGAUUGAAUCUAAUGGACUCUUUCAUAAAUUCAUUUUGUUCCUGAGUCGGGAAGAACAAUGCCAAGAUGUAUGUGUUUGCCUAGAAGGAAGCCACACUCUCUGCUUGCUAGGUAACCUUAUUCAUCUAGGCCAUCUGACAGAGAAAGUUUUAGAAGAAGAGACAGGACACUUUGUGAGGGUGCUCACACAAAUGUUAUCAUACUGCCAAAAGUACGUGUCUCAGAAGAAAUCCAACCUCACACACUGGCACCCUGUAUUAGGCUGGUUCUCUCAGACUGUAGAUUAUGGUCUCAAUGAAUCAAUGCCGUUGCUUACCAAGCAGCUUCAGCAUUUGUGGGGUGUCCAUAUGAUCCGCAUCCUUUUUCGGGAAGUCCUCAGUAAGAAACUGGCGGAAAAUCAAGAGGUGUCUUUUGCGACCACCCCAAGCUCCUCUCCACAGAACAAUUUACCCAUGAAAAACCUAUUUAAAAGAGCAUUCCAGAAAUCUGCCUCAGUUCGUCACAUUUUAAAACCAAUUGGAGGUAAAAGAGUCGACUCUCAAGAGGUGCAAAAAGUGUGCAAUAUCUGUGUGUUGUAUCAAACUGCACUUACUACUCUCACUCAGAUCCGUCUUCAGAUUCUUACUGGUCUGACUUAUUUGGAUGAUCUUCUGCCCAAGUUGUGGGCCUUUAUAUGUGAAUUGGGACCUCAAGGAGGGUUGAAGCUUUUCCUGGAGUGCUUGAGCAAUGACACUGAAGAGUCGUGCAGGCUCUUGGCUAUGCUGGUACUUUUCUGUGACUGCUCAAGGCACUUAAUCACGAUUCUGGACGACAUUGAAUUAUAUGAGGAGCAGAUAUCAUUCAAGCUAGAAGAACUUGUUACUAUUUCUGCAUUUCUCAAUAGCUUUGUGUUUAAGAUGAUUUGGGAUGGUCUUCUGGAGAAUGCCAAAGGGGAAACCCUGGAGCUUUUCCAUUCUGUGCAUGGCUGGCUUAUGGUUCUGUAUGAGAGAGAUUGCCGGAGGAGAUUUGCCCCAGAGGAACACUGGUUACGGAAAGAUCUUAAACCAACUGUACUUUUCCAAGAGCUGGACAAAGAAAGAAAGCGAGCUCAACUGUUACUUCAGUACAUGCCUCAUGUCAUCCCACACAAAAAUAGAGUCCUUUUAUUCCGAAAUAUAGUUACGAAGGAAAAGGAGAAGCUAGGUUUGGUUGAAACAAACACUGCCUCACCUCAUGUAACACACAUCACUAUACGGAGAUCAAGAAUGCUUGAGGAUGGUUAUGACCAGCUGAGGCAGCUUUCACAGAAUGCCAUGAAAGGAGUCAUCAGAGUCAAAUUUGUCAAUGACUUGGGAGUAGAUGAGGCUGGAAUAGACCAGGAUGGUGUUUUUAAGGAAUUCUUAGAGGAAAUCAUAAAGAAAGUAUUUGAUCCUGCUCUAAAUCUUUUUAAGACUACAAGUUCUGGAGAUCGAUUAUACCCAUCCCCUACAUCUUACAUCCAUGAGAACUACCUCCAGUUAUUUGAGUUUGUAGGGAAGAUGCUUGGAAAGGCAGUGUAUGAGGGAAUUGUGGUGGAUGUUCCAUUUGCCUCAUUUUUCCUUAGCCAGCUAUUGGGGAACCACCAUAGCAUCUUCUACAGCUCUGUGGAUGAGCUUCCUUCUUUGGAUCCUGAGUUCUACAAGAAUCUUACAUCUAUAAAGCGAUAUGAUGGAGAUAUUGGUGAUCUGGGCCUCACACUUUCUUAUGAUGAAGACGUCAUGGGUCAGCUGGUCUGUCAUGAGCUGGUCCCUGGAGGGAAAUCUAUCACUGUAACCAAUGAAAACAAGAUCAGUUACAUCCACCUUAUGGCUCACUUCCGCAUGCACACACAGAUAAAGAACCAGACAGCUGCUCUCAUCAGUGGUUUUCGCUCUAUCAUCCGGCCUGACUGGAUACGUAUGUUCUCAGCUCCCGAGCUGCAGCGUCUCAUAUCAGGGGACAAUGCGGAGAUAGACUUGGAUGACCUCAAAAAGCACACUGUGUAUUAUGGAGGUUUUCAUGGCAGUCAUCGGGUUAUUGUCUGGCUGUGGGAUAUUCUUGCAAAUGAUUUCACUUCAGAGGAAAAAGCCAUGUUUCUCAAGUUUGUUACUUCCUGCUCUCGGCCUCCUUUAUUAGGGUUUGCCUACCUCAAGCCACCAUUCUCCAUUCGUUGUGUGGAGGUAUCAGAUGACCAGGAUACAGGAGACACCUUGGGUAGUGUUCUACGUGGCUUCUUUACCAUUAGGAAAAGAGAACCUGGGGGCCGCCUUCCCACCUCUUCUACUUGUUUUAACCUCCUUAAACUUCCCAACUACAGCAAGAAAGUGAUCCUGCGGGAGAAGCUCCGCUAUGCUAUAAGCAUGAACACAGGCUUUGAACUGUCGUAGCACUUUAUCAUUGACUUUAACUGUGAAAUCCUAAUUUUUUGCCCCAUCCCCUCGGGUCUGUUCUAGGUAACAAAGCAAUCUCUUUGCAUUGGAAAUGAAGGAUUGUGUAUAUGAAGCACUAACAUAUAGAUUUUCUCAAUCCCAUCCUCAGGUUGCAUAUUUGUUGACUUAUGUUUCUGAAGCAAGCACAACUGAUUCUUUAAAGUUGUAAAUAACUUGUUAGGAUUUCUUAGAAAGUUUAAGAUUGGAUCUUUCUUUUUGGUGGUUUUAGGAUAUGGAACUGUGCUUAGACUUCAGAAAUUACACAGUUCAGUCCAGUUCCUGCCUAUUUGCAAAGACAUUCUGGUUUACUUAGUAGGAUCUUUAAAGCCAUACAUCAAAAUCAAGUCAAGGAAGGGGAAACGCCUUUACACCACUGGACUGGCCAGUGUACAUAUAAACUUCAUAAAUUAUAUGAUCAUGUGUUUAUACCUAUAGGCUGUACAUAUGUAAGAUAUUUUAGUUGUUUUCUUUUAAGAGGACACACAAGAGUUCAGAGUAUUUUACCAGUAACAGGGACAAUUCAGUGUCUUAAGGUACUGAUGAGUUGUGUGUGUGCUGUCAUUUAUAUAGAACCUAUUUAUUACAGAAUAAAAAUCCUUACCCAGCUACUGAUCCCCUCAUUCCAUCUCUAACGGUUAUCAUUCUCUUGUUUGUAUCUGUACCUAUGUCUGUAAAGAAAGUGUAUAGAGAUUGUCUGGGCACACAUUGUAGUCUGACAUCUUAGUGCACCCGGUUUCUAGGGUAUGGGCACAAUGCAGCCAUAAACCUUGUUCUCAUGCAUUAAAAUAACCUAGUAUAUAAGUACAAAUAUUUACCUGUAUGACAUGGACACUAUUCACAUUCCUAACUGUUUUCAUAUAAUCUACAUGUAAAUGCCACUGAUAUGUAUCAAAUUAUCACAACCCAAAUUAGAUUUAUUAUGGUUUUAUUAUAACAUUCUUGUAUAUAAUCCAAUACUAAUUUGUUUUAUUUUAAUGUUAAUUUAAGCCACUGUAAAGGUAGGAAUGACAUUGACUUUGGAACGAGGAAGAUGGUUCACAUCAUUGAGAUCCAGGAAUCUAUGCUAGGACACCCUCUUACUGUGUAAAAGGAAAGGUC